UUUGUAUCCGGACGGGGGUCCCUAACCUUGACCGGGCCGGUUUCCUGACUCGGGGUCAGGGGCGAUUCCGGGGAAUCCUGGUCCAAAUCUGUACCUAUAACGCUCCUUGUCUUCGGGACUGAUGAAGUCUCCCGUUGAUCUGUCAAGCUGUGUGGCUUGAAGGGCAGGACCAGUUUCGACUGUUGUAACGUUUUUCACCCCUAUUCUGACUUACGGUAGAGAGAAGGAGAGGCUGCGUCCGGACUAGUUAGUAAGUCUUCUUUCAUUUUUUAUAUGAAACGUGAAAUUCUUCACCUCUUAAAGUGUGCUUUAGGUUGGGCCUGAUGUUAGAUUUCCAUGGCUCUCCAUUGCAUUUUUUAAAUGUUUGAGAUAUUUUCUAUUAGUAAUCAUUUUAUAGGUGGAGCGAUGGCUACCUUGUAGUCCAUGGUUUUUAAGUAAGUUAUUGUAUUGAGUAGUCUUCUUUAGUAUAGAUGACCUCUUUGCCAUCUCUCUUUGCUAAUAAUGAUUCCCAAUGUAUUAGUAGGUUGUACACUACUGAAAGCAUCCUUCAGAAGUUCUUAAAGAGCAGAAAACAAAUUGGGUUAGUGAAACACAGCCCGCCUCGAGAGACUUCUCCCUGAGCUGGAAUGAUAAUGACAGAAUCCCGGGAAGUUAUAGACUUAGACCCUCCAGCUGAUACUUCACAGGGGCAGGAAGACCUUCUAAUAGUGAAGGUAGAAGAAGAAGACUGCACGUGGAUGCAGGAGUACAAUCCGCCAACGUUUGAGACUUUUUACCAGCGCUUCAGGCACUUCCAGUACCAUGAGGCUUCAGGACCCCGGGAGGCUCUCAGCCAACUUCGGGUGCUCUGCUGUGAGUGGCUGCGGCCAGAGCUGCACACCAAGGAGCAGAUCUUGGAGCUGCUGGUGUUGGAGCAAUUCCUAACCAUAUUGCCUGAAGAGUUGCAGGCCUGGGUGAGAGAACGUCACCCAGAAAGCGGAGAAGAGGCGGUGGCUGUGAUAGAAAAUAUACAGAGAGAACUUGAGGAACGCAGACAACAGAUUGUUGCAUAUCCUGAGGUGCUUUCCCAGAAGAUGGUACCACCUGGAGCCGUGCAGGAGUCCUUCAGUCACCAGCUCCUGGCCGUGGACUCCCAGCCUGAACAAGAGCCACAGAAGCCUCAUCUUCUGGAGGAAAACGCCCUUCCUGUUCUCCAAGUUCCUCCCCUUCCCCUGAAGGACAGCCAGGAGCUGACAGCUUCACUUCUCUCAGCUGGGUCCCAGUUGGUGAAAAUUGAAGAUGUGGCUGAUGUGGCUGUAUCCUUCAUCUUGGAGGAAUGGGGACAUUUGGACCAGUCCCAGAAGUCCCUUUAUAAGGAUGACAGGAAGGAGAAUUAUGGGAGUAUUACUUCCAUGGAUUAUAAGUCCAGGGACAACAAUAUGGAGCUCAUAGUAAAGCAGAUUCCUGUUGAAGCUGAGUCACACUGGAUGGCAUCUGGAGGUACUGAAAGGAACGUUCCCCAGAGUCAAGAGUUUGCAGAAGUUAGUGACCUUAAGGGCAUGGUACAAAGAUGGCAGGUCAACCCCACUGUGGGGCAGUCGAGGCAGAAUCCUUCGCAGAAAAGAGAUCUCGGUGCUAUCCCAGACAUUACCCGCAAGCAGAACACAAAUGGUGAACGAGGUCACAGGUGUAACGAUUGCGGGAAAUUUUUUCUUCAAGCCUCAAACUUUAUUCAACAUCGGCGAAUCCACACUGGCGAAAAACCAUUUCAGUGUGGCGAAUGUGGGAAGAGCUACAACCAGCGUGUGCACCUCACUCAGCAUCAGAGAGUGCACACGGGUGAGAAGCCCUAUAAAUGCCAGGUGUGCGGAAAAGCUUUCCGGGUGAGCUCCCAUCUCGUGCAGCACCACAGCGUCCACAGCGGAGAGCGGCCCUACGGCUGCAGCGAGUGCGGGAAGAACUUCGGCCGGCACUCCCACCUGAUCGAGCACCUGAAACGCCACUUCAGGGAGAAGUCCCAGAGAUGCAGCGACAAAAGAAGUAAGAAUACAAAAUUGAAUGUUAAGAAGGAAAUUUCAGAAUUUUCAGAAGCAGACAUGGAACUGUCUGGAAAAAUCCAAAGAAAUCUUUCUCAAGUUCAGGAUUUUGAAGAAGGCUUUGAACACCAAGGAAAGGUGGAUAGAAAGCAGGGGAUUCCCAUGAAGGAGAUACUAGGACAGCCCUCUUCAAAGCGGAUAAAUUACAGUGAAGCCACGUAUGUCCACAAAAAAUCCACAGGAGAGAGACCACAUAAAUGUAAUGAGUGUGGAAAAAGCUUCAUUCAGAGUGCACAUCUUAUUCAACAUCAACGAAUCCACACUGGGGAGAAACCAUUUAGGUGUGAGGAAUGUGGGAAAAGCUACAACCAACGUGUGCACCUGACUCAGCAUCAGCGAGUCCACACGGGUGAGAAGCCCUAUACCUGUCAUUUAUGUGGGAAAGCCUUUAGAGUGAGGUCCCAUCUUGUUCAGCAUCAGAGUGUGCACAGUGGGGAGAGACCCUUCAAGUGUAACGAAUGUGGAAAAGGCUUUGGGAGGCGCUCACACCUUGCUGGACACCUGCGACUCCACUCGAGAGAGAAAUCCCAUCAGUGUCUUGAAUGUGGAGAAAUAUUUUUUCAAUAUGUUAGCCUAAUUGAACAUCAAGUGCUCCACAUGGGUCAGAAAAGUGAAAAAAAUGGCAUUUGUGAGGAAGCAUACAGUUGGAACUUAACAGUGAUUGAGGAUAAGAAGAUUGAGUUACAAGAGCAGCCUUAUAAGUGUGAUAUAUGUGGAAAAGCCUUUAGUUACAGUUCAGACCUUAUUCAGCAUUACAGAACUCAUACCGCAGAGAAAACCUAUAAAUGUGAUAUCUGUAGAGAAAAUGCUGGCCAGUGUUCCCACAUAAAACAACAGCAAAAAAUCUAUUCUAGCACGAAAUCCCAUCAGUGUAGUGAAUGUGGAAGAGGCUUCACUCUGAAGUCACAUCUCAAUCAACAUCAGAGAAUCCACACUGGUGAGAAGCCCUUUCAGUGUAAAGAAUGUGGAAUGAGUUUCAGUUGGAGUUGUAGUCUCUUUAAACAUCUGAGAAGCCAUGAGAGGACAGAUCCCAUAAAUACCUGAGGUGUAUAGGUAUUUCUAUUAUAAAACAACAGUUACUCAAUUUUAGAGAAGCCUUCCUGAAGAGCAGCUCCUAUAAUGAAUGUAAUAACAGCUUCAAGAAUUUUUCCAACUUAACCACCAAAUCUACAGCUAUGUUGAAAACCUUCAGUUAGAACUCAGCCUUUAGCAACACUGCAGAAUCCACAAUAAAUAGAUACCUGUUCACUUUCCCCUUUGAGAAAGCAUCUUUAUGCUUGGGAAUUGAGACAAAAAGAGAACCUACGGAUAUGGUGGAUGAAGGAAAGCCUUCAGAUGACACUCCUUUUUCAUUUGAAAUUCAGACAGUUGACACCGGGAAAGCCUCAUGAAUGCAGUAGGAAUAAGCUUUAUUUGUAGUUUCUGCCUUGUUUGACAGCAUAUCUAUUCAGGGAAGAGCGCAGUGAAAGAAAGAACUCUUUAGCAUGAUAUAUCUGUUUUGGUACCUCAGCAAUGAACCUUUUCUAGAAGCGAUUAUCCCAACUAGGAUACUCCAAUCAGCGUUCUCAUCUUGAGUAUUAAACCCUUUGAAAAGAAAUUGACUUAUGGCAUUUAUAUUUUGGCUGGCAAAGUUGCGGUUCAGAGGCAGGAUGGUGUGUGUUGCUGCUGCAUUACUCAGUCUUCACCUUCUCCAAGAAACACUACCUUGUUUUUGUUUUGACUCUACUAGCAUCACGGUUAGCUAGUAGAAAGAUGAGUUAUGCUUGUAAAUUCAGGAGAAGUGGUGCUGGUCAGUCACAUCAUAAGGCAAAGGGAAAGGGAUCUUAGGGUAAUAGAGAAGAGAAGACAUACAAAACAGUGGACUGGUUUAUAUGAGGGUACUUCAAAAACUUCCUGGAAAAGUAGAAUUAAAAGAUAAGAUACAAUAAAUAUACAUAUAAAAUAAAGAUACAAAUUUUCCUGUAAACUUUUUGAAGUACACUUGUAUUACUGACAGGAAUGAGGGCAGCUAAAUCCAUAGAAAGAACUGUACCAAAUUGAAUUGAGAAUCUUGGUCCAAGUAGUGUGUACCAAUUCCCAGGUACCCUGGGGAUAGACCUCCCCUAUAGGGUGAUGGCAGAUAGAAUGAGUUUUAGUUUGCGUUGCAGCUGGAAUUGAAAGCAAACAGUAGUGAGCAGUUAGAUAUGUGGUCGAAUUAGCCUUGCCUGUGGGAAGUUGUAGGUAGGGGGUUAGAGGGGGAAAGUACAUAACUUGGGUCUGUUGGCUAGAGAGGGAGAGUGCUACUGGGUUUUGCUGAGGCCCUGCUUCUGCUGCCUUACCUGGCUUACAGUAAAUGCCCAAUAAA